GUCUAGGUGCCGAGGCUGCAGAGGGGCAGCCAGUGCCGAGCUCGCAGAGACUCGGGCAGUUGACACGCGGCAGGGACGCUGUCUCUGUGGCAGGAGAAGGCGGGCGCGAUGUGUUUGGGAUGCUGAUGCUGGGCCAGUAGAAAUGCUGGAUUCAGUGAGAGACGAGGCAAAGGAGAGGACGAAAAGGACAUCCCAGAACCUGAGCAUGAGGCGCUGCUUAACCACCACAAUUUUAAUCCACAGAAAAUGAAACUCCAGUGUAAGAUCUGGCUUUACCUGCUUCUGGGAACUUUUAGUGCCCAGAUAAUUAGCGCAAUCAUGGGAGAAGUUGGAUUUGGAGCAGGAAUUAUGAAUACUGUAGACCUGGAGCCUGGGAAACAAUAUUUUGGGAGUGUCAGGAAGGAGUUAAAAUUCAACCAGCAGAAAAGACAGAAACGGCUGAGAAGCAAGGACAUAGUUUCUGUCAAUACAUGAUAACUUAGCUCAGCUUAUCGAUGACCUGGUCCUGACCGCGGACGACCCAGAGAGCCUCCAAGGUAUGCUAGAUGCCACCAGUUGAGUUGCUAACUGGAUGGGGUGCUGCUUCAAUGCGAAGCAGUGUGCAACUCUCCAAAUUGAUGGCAGCAAAAGGGACUCAGUGCAGGCAACAGGGUUCCAGAUCCAGGGUGAGCCUGUCAUCCCCCUGGCAGAGGGGCAGGCAUACCAGCACCUGGGCACGCCGAUGGGUUUCUGUGUCUGGAAGACACCCGAGGACACCAUCCAGGACAUCUUGCAGGAUGCCACCAAGAUUGACACCUCCAUGCUGGCAGAAGAUAAACACCCUGAACACCUUACUGAUCCCCUGCAUCUCAUUUAUCCUAAGGGGAUCCACUGUGGUGAAGGUGCCCCUUAACAAGGCAGACAAGAUUGUCUGGCAGCUGGUGAAGAAGUGGCUGUUCCUUCCCCAGAGAGCCAGCAAUGAUCUGGUCUACAUCACCCACAGGCACAGUGGUGCCAACAUCCCCUUCAUGGGUGACUUGUAUGACGUCGCGAUGAUCACUCAUGCCUUCCUCCUGCUGACGUGUCCCAAUGCCAUAGUAAGGAAUAUCACAGCGAAUGCCCUGCGUGACAGAGAAGCGGAUUGGCAGAGCCCCCUCCAACCAAGACAUCGCCACCUUCCUGAGCAUCUCCCUGGAUGGUGAAUUCGGACAGGACGGGCGUGACAGUGCUUCACUGUGGUCCUGCACUCGCAAUGCCAUGCUUUGCCUGGGGAAGAGCAUUGUCUGCCGCUGGGAGUGGUGCAAGGAGCACCAGGAGCUGGGAGUCCUGGUGCUGCAGUUCAGGUCCGACGACAACACAAUCGUCAACCCAAGCGCCAGGGGCUUGCUGGAGAGGACCCUGAAGGCUGCCGUCUAUUUCCUGUAUGUGGAAACCCUGAAGCAUAAACCGGACCAGGGUAAAGCCUUCGAGUUGACCAGCAAGUGGGACGCCAGCAACCACUUCCUCACCGGUGGCAGCUUCACCCAUUUCACCAACUGGCGGUUCAUCCACCAUGCCCGGCUCAACUGCAUCCCGCUCAACAGAGCCGUCCGCCACGGGAACCAAGACAAGCGUUGCAGAAAGUGCGGCUACUCCAAUGAGACCCUGCCCCACAUCCUGUGCAGCUGCAAACCCCACUCCAGAGCCUGGCAGCUGCACCACAACUCCAUCCAGAACAGCCUGGUGAAAGCCAUCGCACCACGCCUGAGGGAGAUCUCCGUGAACUGCACCAUCCCCAGCUGCAAUCUGAUGUCAUCGUCACCAACAAGGCCCAGAAAAAGAUCAUCCGUGUCGAUGUCAUGGUCUCCUUUGAGAACAGGACCCCGGCCUUUCAUGAAGCACGAGCUCAUAAGCUGGAAAAGUUUGCCCCCCUGCCCCCUGGCCAACACCCUGAGAGUGAAGGGCUACGAGGUGCAGAUGGAUGCCCUGAUCAUUGGAGCCCUGGGUGCCUGA